AUGUCUAUGAUUCAACUCUCAAACAUGCCCAUAAACAGAUGGUCUUUGUUAGACCGCCUGAAGAGGGCAGUGAAAAAGAUAAGUUUCCUCUUGAGCUUCGAUAUCAACAGAUGGAAACUUUCUUCCAUGAUCGGAGCUUCAUCAGGAAGGAGCCGCCGGCUGAGCUUCAACGACCGGCCGGGCUUGAGGGCCUGCACAAAAGACACAGAGUCAUCUGAUUCAGGCUCCUCACAUGGACUUCAGAGGACACUAAGCUUCCCUUCUUCUGAGGAUGAUAUUGAUAAGAGGGCUGAAAUGUUUAUAACCAACUUUAAACGACAGCUUCAGAUUGAAAGACAAAUCUCUUUGAAGCUACGGUACUGCAGGGGUGAUAGCUUUGAAUCUGCUUCUCCGUUAUGA